CAAACCGUCGUAAAAUGACGUUACCCCGGCCCUCCACUGCGAACCGAGCGUGGAAUUGCACUUGAAUGAUGAGAUAGAUGAAUUGCAUUUUGUUAUUAAUCUCUGUUGAGCACAGUCGAUCUCGCACAGUGAGGACGGACGAGCCGUGACACAGCCGAGGCACAGCGGUACCGGCGACCAACGAGGAUGUUUAAAAAAUUUGAUGAAAAGGAAAACGUGUCCAACUGUAUUCAGCUGAAAACAUCAGUGAUCAAAGGAAUCAAAAAUCAGCUGCUGGACCAGUUUCCCGACAUCGAGGCAUGGCUCAACCACAUUAUGCCCAAAAAGGACCCUGUCAAAAUAGUGAGAUGCCAUGAACACAUUGAGAUCCUGACAGUGAAUGGAGAGCUUCUUUUCUUCAGACAGAGAGAAGGACCGUUCUACCCGACUCUCAGACUGCUGCAUAAAUAUCCUUUCAUUCUUCCACACCAGCAAGUAGACAAAGGGGCCAUUAAAUUUGUCUUAAGCGGAGCCAACAUCAUGUGCCCCGGACUGACAUCACCCGGCGCUAAACUCUACCCGGCUGCUGCAGACACAGUGGUUGCCAUCAUGGCAGAGGGAAAACAACAUGCACUUUGUGUUGGCGUUAUGAAGAUGUCUGCAGAGAGCAUAGAAAAAGUCAAUAAGGGAAUCGGGAUCGAGAACGUUCACUAUCUUAAUGACGGAUUGUGGCACAUGAAGACGUAUAAGUGAUGACAUCAGCACCCAUAAGACACCCCCCAC